UUUGCCGAGCAGCAAAAAGAAGAAUCAGCCUUGUGGGCAGGAGGAGGAGGAGGAUCGCAUUGGCCAGUAGGCAGCACCCUGUGCUGGCAGAGAGAGAAAUCUGAGCCUCAGCCUCGCCAGGAGCAGGCUUUGCACAAACUAUCUGGUUUCAAGUUGCGACUCUCCGGAGUCCCUGGGAAGGUGCCCCAGGGACAGGGCCCCCAGGAUUGAUGAGACUCCCCCAUCCCCAGCCGCCCAGAGGAUAAGCAGGUGCCAUUGGAAGCCAGAAGAAGCCAUCAGUUCUACUGAGGCUGGAGCUACAGGUAGUCGUGAAUUGCCUGAUGUGGAUUCUAGGACGGAACUCCAGUUCUCCACAAAAGCAUCAAUUAUGUUUCUGCUUUGGAGCUUCUGGCAAGCUGUUGAAGGAGGUAUCUAUAACUACCGUGAUUCUGGACCCUACGAAGAGACGUUCAUGAUGCUUCACACAUUCCACAGUUCUUCACAGCCUGUGAACCGUCAUGCUACUAAAAGAAUGUCCACAUGAAUACUGUUGGGGGAAGUAACCACGUGAAGACUUUAGAAAAAGACCCCCUUGGGCCCAGAUGUCAUCAAAAAGUCUGGUCCAAGAGGAACACAAGCCUCUGUGGCCUUGGCCUUCCCUGCUACUGGAGGAGACUAAAGAGAAAAACAGCAACACCAUACAUCUUAGAGACAAGACUGACCCCCGACUAGGAGCUGUCUGCAGGGCUGUCUGCCUUUGUUGCUCCUCUCUCCACUGGCUAUGGCUGAGAGGCAGACAGAUCAUUAAGAGAAUACAUGGACUGUGGAAUCAACGGGAGACAGAGAGAAUUACUGGAGCUAACAGGAGAUAGAGGAUUGAAGGUUCCCAUCAUCACACUGUAUGGAUUAGAUUUGAGGAAGACAGUGAGCUGCUGAGUAACCCGGGGCCUCAGCUUCCACACCUCUGAGAAUGCUGUUCCCCGAUGACUUCAGUACUUGGGAGCAGACAUUUCAAGAACUGAUGCAGGAGGAGAAGCCCGGGGCCAAGUGGAGCCUGCAUUUGGAUAAGAACAUUGUACCAGAUGGUGCAGCCCUGGGAUGGAGGCAGCACCAGCAGACAGUGCUUGGCAGGUUCCAGUGUUCCAGAUGCUGCAGAAGUUGGACCUCUGCUCAGGUGAUGAUCUUGUGCCACAUGUACCCGGACACUUUGAAAUCGCAGGGCCAGGCACGCAUGAGGAUCUUUGGUCAGAAGUGCCAGAAGUGUUUUGGAUGUCAAUUUGAGACUCCCAAGUUCUCCACAGAGAUCAUCAAAAGAAUUCUGAAUAACCUAGUUAAUUAUAUUCUGCAGAGAUACUAUGGACACAGGAAGAUAGCAUUGACCUCGAAUGCAUCUUUGGGUGAGAAGGUGACUUUGGAUGGGCCCCACGACACACGCAAUUGUGAGGCAUGCAGUCUAAACUCUCAUGGAAGAUGUGCCCUUGCACACAAAGUAAAACCACCCAGAUCUCCAUCUCCAUUACCAAAGAGUUCCUCCCCAUCAAAGAGCUGCCCUCCUCCGCCUCAGACCCGGAAUACGGAUUUUGGGAAUAAAACUUUUCAGGAUUUUGGGAAUAGAACUUUUCAGGGAUGCAGAGAGCCCCCCCAACGUGAAAUAGAGCCACCACUAUUUCUGUUUUUGUCUAUUGCUGCAUUUGCCCUUUUUAGUCUUUUCACUAGAUAAUAGGUUUAUCGUCUUGUUUUAAUACCUUGGUGAUCAAUGAAAUAGAUGUCAUUUCAAUAGGACAGUGAAUUCAUAUAGAAUCAAGUAAGGUCGAGUAUAUAAAAUAAAUCUGCUUUCCUGGACAUGCUCUGAAAAUAGCCUAAACCAUGGCCCACACAUAAUGGACCCAAUAACAGAUUUGUAUUGAGUUGCUGAACUGUCUGCACUAGCUUGCUCACGUAUUGUUCUCAAGCUAUGUUGAUUAAAUAAAUCUUGAUUAUAACUAACA